GUGCACUAGGUUAAUAACUGGGAUUGCAUGUUCUUCCUUAACACUUGUGUUUUGUUUUUUUCUGAUCUUUUCCUCCCUAAAGCUGAUGCCUGUUGGACAAGGCUGGGAAGACAGGAGCACUGGGUUUAAAGGAACGUAAAUGCCUGCUAAGAUGGCAUUGGCCAGCUCUCUUCCUAGCAAACCAGUACCACCACGCUCCAGAAAAGUUUCUAUGGCCGGAGUGGAAGUGCACCAGAGCAAGCUGGAUUUUUUCUGCAAGCUGGGCUAUGGUAAGCAGGACAUCUGCAAAGUGCUGGAGAGCCUGGGCCAAGAGGCCCUGGAGGAUGAUGUGCUGAAAGAGCUGAUUCGGAUGGGGAGCAAGCCUCAAGCUCUGGAGAGUCACGCGCAGCCUUCCCUGCUAAAACUUGUUGCCCGUGGAUCAUGUACCACUACACCAGGGUCCAAGUGGCUUGGAGAAGAUGAAAGUGAUUCUUCCAAUUACUUGAGACCCAUUGUGAUUGAUGGCAGCAAUGUUGCAAUGAGUCACGGAAACAAAGAGAUAUUCUCCUGCUGGGGGAUCCAGCUGGCGGUGGACUGGUUUCGAGAGAGGGGGCACACAUACAUCAAGGUUUUUGUUCCACUCUGGAGAAAGGAGCCCUCUCGACAAGACAGUCCCAUUGCAGAUCAGCACAUUCUUGAAGAGCUUGAAAAGCAAUCCAUCCUUGUGUACACUCCAUCCCGGAAGGUGAAAGGCAAGAGGGUAGUCUGCUAUGAUGAUCGCUAUAUAGUGAAAGUCGCUUAUGAGAAAGACGGAGUGAUUGUUUCCAAUGACCACUACCGGGAUCUCCAGAAUGAAAACCCUGAGUGGAAAUGGUUUAUUGAGCAGCGACUACUCAUGUACUCUUUUGUCAGUAACAAGUUUAUGCCUCCUGAUGAUCCAUUAGGCCGGCACGGACCCACUCUUAAUAACUUCCUCAGCAAAAAGCCAGUGCUUCCUGAACCAAAGUGGCAGCCUUGCCCCUAUGGUAAAAAAUGCACCUAUGGCAAUAAAUGCAAAUUUUACCACCCAGAGAGACCACAUCAAGCUCAGCUCUCGGUUGCUGAUGAGCUGAGGGCCAAAACAAAGGUCCCGGUAAGCCUGGGGAAAGAGGAAGAGAAGUGUAACCGCUCGCCAUACAGGACUGGAGGAGAGCCUGCACCCUGCGACGCCUGCACAGGAACGCUGCGAGACACCAGCGGCUGCGCAGGGGCCUCCUGCUACCCCGGGUGGUCCCAGGGGAGCUGCUCCGAGCGGCCGGGCGGUGCCUGGGCUGGCGGCGCUGGUUCUGACCAGCGGUUGCUCCAGCCAGAGCUGCUGCGAGAGCAGGCGCUGCUGGAGAAGAUGUCAGCGCUGUCUGUCAGGGACAACACCUACGGCUACGACUGGUUCGUCCGCACCUCUGAGGACAGGGAGGUGGCAGACAGCCCUCAUCGCUGUGCUGACCUCAGGCACAGCCCCUACUCGCUCCAUCACCCCCAGGGUUUGGACCACAGCUGCUUACCGGGAUGCCCUUUCCAGCGAAGGGUGUUCCCGCCUCUGCGGGGCGGGAUGUGCCCAGACCACAGCUGGCCUCAGGAGGGCUGCGGCAUGCACGGGAUGGGGCGGAGCAGCCCCUACGGCCGCGAUGGUGCUCAGCACAAACAGGCCCUGGAGACUCAGCACCAUGUUUUGCCGCAGGCUGCAGCUCUUCCCCCUGACCCCCUUCACUUGUACAGCGAGCACCAGGUGCACCAGCACUGCUUCCCCAGCCCGUCCCCUCAGCAGCCCUUUCUGUUAGACACCAGCAAUGGACUGGGCUUCUUCCAGAAAGCCCCUGCUUACCCCAGUGGCCCUUACAGUGACUACUGGCCCACCCCAGCUGCAAGGCCACCCUCUGCCCAGCAAGCAAACCUACACAGGGAGCUGUGCUCCCUUUUCCCUUACAGUGAGGUGAACCACGUCAUGGCUUUGUACCCUGACAUCAAGGAUAUCGCUAGCUUGACUUUACUGAUUCAAAGACACAGAAACUUGUGA